GCCAUGAACGGCCUGUCAGUGAGCGAACUCUGCUGCCUCUUCUGCUGCCCACCCUGCCCUGGCCGCAUCGCUGCCAAGCUCGCCUUCCUGCCUCCGGAGCCCACCUACUCGCUGGUGCCCGAGCCCGAGGCUGGUGCUGCUCCCUCAGGCACCUUGCGGGCCUCGGCCGGUGCCCCUGGACGCUGGAAGCUGCACCUCACUGAGCGGGCUGACUUCCAGUACAGCCAGCGGGAGCUCGACACCAUCGAGGUCUUCCUGACCAAGAGCGCCCGGGGCAGCCGAGUCACCUGCAUGUAUGUGCGCUGCGUGCCCAGUGCCAGGUACACGGUCCUCUUCUCCCAUGGUAAUGCGGUGGACCUGGGCCAGAUGAGCAGCUUCUACGUCGGCCUGGGCACCCGCAUCAACUGCAACAUCUUCUCCUAUGACUACUCCGGCUAUGGCGCCAGCUCAGGCCGGUCCUCGGAGAAGAACCUCUAUGCCGACAUUGACGCCGCCUGGCAGGCCCUGCGUACCAGGUACGGCAUUAGCCCGGACAGCAUCAUCCUGUAUGGGCAGAGCAUCGGCACGGUGCCCACCGUGGACCUGGCCUCACGCUACGAGUGCGCCGCCGUCGUGCUGCACUCCCCGCUCACCUCGGGCAUGCGCGUCGCCUUCCCCGACACCAAGAAGACCUACUGCUUCGACGCCUUCCCCAACAUCGAGAAGGUGUCCAAGAUCACGUCGCCCGUGCUCAUCAUCCACGGCACGGAGGACGAGGUAAUCGACUUCUCGCACGGACUGGCACUCUACGAGCGCUGCCCAAAAGCCGUAGAGCCCCUGUGGGUGGAGGGCGCCGGCCACAACGACAUCGAACUCUACAGCCAGUACCUGGAGCGCCUGCGCCGCUUCAUCUCCCAGGAGCUGUCUAGCCAGCGGGCCUAG